GAUGUCAUGACUCAGAGCUUAAUCGCGCCAAAUAUAAUCACCGAAGAGUCGGAUCUUCAACGCGUUCCCAGCGCUCCGUCUCUAAAGGAUUGUCUAUACUUUGUCCCCAAAUGUGAACUCUUUUAUUCUCCUGCUUUCAAACGUAAAACAUACGAACGAUUGCCUAUUCUUAAUGACCCGACUCUCACUCGCCGUAUGAGAACCGCAACGCUCUCCUCCUCAGGAAAUUCUCUCUCAAACUCUUCUUCUAAUCAACCGCUCACUUAUGUCUCGAGACAGCUCUCAACGGACUUAAGUAGUGAUACAACGCCUCCCGUCUCUCCUUCUGUUCAGAGGAGAAAUCGUGAAACAGCCGGAAAUGUCUUCUCUAGACUAACCAACGGC